CUGCUGCGGAAUCUAUUGAGCACCUUUGCGAGCAAGACACCGACAAGGAGAUUUGCCCAAGUCCACGACGUCCAGAUCAAGCUUGAACGGAGCGAGCCGGGCAAGGGCACCAUGGAUCGGAACGUCUUCAAACAACCCCUCGCGCUGCACUCCACGCGCCCCCUCACGGGCUACAUGCGCACGGGCUACUGCGAGUCGCCGCGCUCCGACGCCGGCAACCACAGCAUCGCGGGCAUUGUGACGAACGAGUUCCUCGACUUUAGCGCUUCGCGGGGGAAUGACCUGCGCCAGGCUGGGUUGACGGACGGGUGUAAGUGGUGUCUUUGUGUGAGCAGGUGGAAGGAGGCGUUUGAUGCGAGGAGCGGGGAUGAGGAUAAGAAGGUACCGAGGAUUGUGCUCAGGGCGACGAAUGAGAGGGCUUUAGAGCGGGUGAGGCUGGAGGAUUUGAGGAAGUUUGCUGUGGAUAAGGAUGCAGGCGGAUCUUGAGGUUGGGAGUGGUCAUGACGCCCUGAAUAGGGAAAAGACAUAGCCAUAUGCAAUGAGAAGGGCUCGCAGAUGAAGUCGCCAAGGGGAAUCAGAAUACAAAUUAAGACUCCG